AACUGCGGCGACAUUUCCACCGAUCCCGACUUUGGCAUCCCCACUGCGUCGCAAGUUCUGUGCACCGGCUCUACCUACAACUCGAGCUGCACCUACACCUGUAAUACGGGCUUUCUGGCCGUCGGGACAAGCACCUACACCUGCGGACCGGGUGGGCUUGGCGACUGGCAGCCGCAUCCGUUGUCGUUCUUCUGCUCGGCCACCGACGUGACGCAAACACUUGUUGACGCGCCGCCUCUUGGCACCGUCUACCAGGCCGGUGAGUCGUUUUCUAUCGGAGUCGUCGCCCGCAACAGCCUUGGCUCCGUCGUCGACACUGGUGACGACCUCAUGGAAGUCACCCUGCCCGACUUUGGCAUCGUUGCUGUCGGGAGCUAUGCGGGCUACGGGGCAUGCCAUCUCGCGCCGCUGACCUACGUCGUCGUCCCUGCCGCUGCUGCCGCCGCCGGCUCGGAAGUCUCCGGCUCUGCGCUCACAGAGGGCUCCUUCUCCGGCGCCACUGUCACGCUCACCAUUGUUGUCCGCGACCUGUACGGCAACGCGCGGGUGAGCUCGGACGAUGCAGGUCUCAUCGAGGUCGUGCCCAAGCGCGGCGCCCUGAGCCUUCCAGUCAGCCUCGGCAACCUCGGCAGCGCCGAGUACAUGGCUUCGUUUACACCUGUCGAGGGAGGCCUCUACACCAUCUCUGUUGUCGUUAAUGGCCUGGCACCCCUUGGCUCCGUCGUCGACACUGGUGACGACCUCAUGGAAGUCACCCUGCCCGACUUUGGCAUCGUUGCUGUCGGGAGCUAUGCGGGCUACGGGGGUAUCUACAACAUUUCGGUCGAUAUGACUGGCGCGGCCGAUACUGCGCCCGCGCUUGCAGGCACGUACCAAGCCACAAUGUUGGUCAACAAGCGCGAGCAUGCCAUCUCGCCGCUGACCUACGUCGUCGUCCCUGCCGCUGCUGCCGCCGCCGGCUCGGAAGUCUCCGGCUCUGCGCUCACAGAGGGCUCCUUCUCCGGCGCCACUGUCACGCUCACCAUUGUUGUCCGCGACCUGUACGGCAACGCGCGGGUGAGCUCGGACGAUGCAGGUCUCAUCGAGGUCGUGCCCAAGCGCGGCGCCCUGAGCCUUCCAGUCAGCCUCGGCAACCUCGGCAGCGCCGAGUACAUGGCUUCGUUUACACCUGUCGAGGGAGGCCUCUACACCAUCUCUGUUGUCGUUAAUGGCCUGCCGCACCCGUCGUCGCCGUGGGUCAUUGUCGUCUCGGCCAUCUGCCCGCCCGGCUUCCAGUCGGUUGACGAGUCGACGUGCGCCGAGUGCCCCGAGAACACCUUCUCAGAAGUCAUCAACGCCGGCCGCUGCGAGCUCUGUCCUGAGAACAUGCGGUCACCCUCCAUCUCGCCGUCGUGGGCCAACUGCACGUGCGCGCCCAACUUUUGGCUUGGCCUCGAGGGCCACCGCCGCAAUGCCGGCUGUGUCGCCUGCCCGCGCGGCGGCGAGUGCCGCGGCGGCCUCGCUCCGCCCGUUGCCGCCAAGGGCUUCUUUGACGUCUCGCCCAACGGCGACGGCUCGCAGUUUGAGCAGUGCCGCAGGCCCGGCGCGUGUGCAGGCGGCUUCCAGCAGUGUGCUGCAGGCUUUGAGGGCUUUAUGUGCAACACGUGCUCCGCCAAUCACUACUCGGAUGGCUCGGGCGCAUGCCGCAAGUGCCCGCCCGGCUCGUCAGGCCUCAUGAUCGCCUUUGUUCUCGCCAUCGUCGUCACCGCCAUCGGCGUUGUCGUCUUUAUGCUCCUCACUUAUGCCGGCGAAGCGACCGCCAUUGCGGACGGGCAGGGUGCGCUCGUCACCGCCGAGAUGCGAUACACACGCGGCUCGUACUCACACCGCCGCCGCGUCCCGCACUCGCUGUCGCAGGCCAUUGUGUUCUUCCAGAUCCUCGGCGUCAUUGCCAAGUCCUCGCUCCAGUGGCCGUCUCGGGUCCAGGAGACGCUCCUCAUCUUUAAUGUCAUCAAUCUUGACCUUGACAUCUUUGCCUCUGAGUGCUCGCUCUCGUCGUUUGAGGCCAAGUACGCGCUCUCGACCCUCUACCCGCUCUUUUUCCUCCUCAUUUCCACCCUCGCCUGGAUCCUCAUCAAGUCGGUUCGCUACUCGUUUGCCCGCCUCCGCACCCUCCCUGCCUUUGACGCGCCGACGCUCAUUGUCCUUGAACGGACUGUCAUUAUUGUUGCGCCGCUUCUGUACAUCCCUCUCUCACGGUCGUCGCUCAUUCUCUUCGACUGCUCGCGGCUCGCCGACGGCAACUACUACCUCGACGCCGACCUUGGACGCCGCUGCUUUGACGCUGCAUGGCUCCGGCUCCUUCCGCUUGGUCUCAUCGCCGUCUGCAUCUACGUCAUUGGCAUUCCUCUCUACAUUGGCCUCCCGCUCCUUUUUAAGCGCCUCGUUGUCGUCGGCGCCUCGCUUUUCUUCUCUGAAGCCCAGAUCUGGCAGGUCUCGGCCCUGCUCGCUCUCUUCACUACCGCUACCGUCCUCCACUCGCAGCACGAGCCGUACUACGAGCCGCUGUACAACAAGCUCGAGCUCCGCCUCAACGUCUGCGCCAUGAUUGUUCUCGGCUUUGGCUUUGCGUUUUACGCAGACCGCUUCCCCAAUGAGGUCUCACGGUACAUCUUUAUCAUCGGCUGCAUCGCCGUCGUCGUCACCGCCGUCGCCAUUCUCGCCUGGACCUUCCUCGUCGAGCUGCGCGCCCUCUUCAAGCUGCACAAAAACCCCGACGCAGAGUUUGACCUCGACGUCCGCCAAAUCAUCUUCUGGCGCGAGCUCGAGAAAAAUGCCCCAGACUGGGUCAACAAGUCGCUCGUCGAGCACAUCCUCACCUAUCGCGGCGAGCUCAACGAGGACCAGCGCUCCAUGCUCAAACUCGAUGAGAGCGUUGCUUCCGUCUCCAUCGGCAUCGAUGACUCGCUCAAUCUCGUCGCAUCGGCCGACGCCUCCUCCCGCAACUCGGUCGUGAUCCCGGCAUCGGUGGACAUCUAUGCCACAGACGCUGGCAAUGACGCGGGCGCCGGCGUUGGCCUCACCGACUCGCUCCUCUCCAAGCCGCACACCCUCGCAGCCCCGGGCUCAUCCCUCGCCGCCACAGCCGCCCUCGACGACGGUGAUGGCAUCCCCCUCGUCUCGCUCAACGACGACGUUGUCUACACCACGCACAAUGUUUUCGACGACCUCGACGCCGAUAUUAUUGUCGAGUGA